AUGCCUUCAUUUGGUUACCCUCUCCUCAUGCGGGCAGAUGGCAUUCCUUUACAGCCAGCCUGUGUGUCUCCUCUCCUGCUAAGGAGAGAGCAGGAGGAGGUGAUGGAUCGGGCGGUGUGGUCCCACUGCAGCUGGCUGCAGCUAGGGACAAUGGAUCCAGUCCAGAAAGCUGUAAUAAACCACACGUUUGGAGUCUCCAUCCCUCCGAAGAAAAAACAAGUGAUUUCCUGUAACAUCUGUCAACUCCGCUUCAACUCAGAUAGCCAAGCCGAGGCGCACUACAAAGGCAGUAAACAUGCCAAGAAGCUCAAAGCACAGGAGAACACCAAGAAUAAGCCGCCUAAGAGUUCCCUUCCUCCUCCCCUGGACAGUGCAAAGACAAUCACCACCACAACCUCCACCACCUUGACCAGCACUGUCAGGGGCAGCAACUCUGACCAACCAGAACAAAUCGCAGUGCCUCCUAGCACGGCAGAUGAAACCUUGGCUUCUCCAAAUGCUUUCGUCCCCAUCAUCUCCACCUCCUCCUCCCUGGCAGCUUUAACAGCCAUGGCCGUCCCCAGUCCCUGUAAUCCCGUCCUAUGUGAUCCCACGCCUGCCAGCCCCCCAUCAGCUACACAAGUACAACUACAGGCGCCUGUUAUGAAGAGCAGUGGCAGCAUCAGCACCAAGCCUGGGCUCACGGCCCCCACCACUGCCGCUGCUACAGCAACUCAGCCCACGCCAGAGUCGGAGGAGGAAAAAGCCAAAAAGCUCCUGUACUGUUCGCUUUGCAAAGUGGCCGUCAACUCUCUGUCGCAGCUGGAGGCCCACAACACAGGUUCGAAACACAAAACUAUGCUUGAGGCGAGGAACGGCGCAGGCCCAAUUAAGGCCUAUCCCAGACCGGGCUCAAAGCUCAAAGUCCAGGCCACCACCGUGCUGAAAGGCUCCGGACUGCAGAACAAGACGUUCUAUUGUGAGAUCUGUGACGUCCACGUCAACUCAGAAAUCCAGCUCAAACAGCACAUCUCCAGCAGAAGGCACAAGGACAGAGUGGCUGGGAAACCGAUGAAGCCCAAAUACAGCCCUUACAACAAACAACAACGCAGCUCCACAGUCCUGGCCGCAAAGCUGGCUCUUCAGAAGGACCUGGUGAAGCCUAUCUCCCCUGCUGCUUUCCUCUCCAACCCCUUCUGCCCCACCACUGUCCCCUCCAUCGCCCUGCACCCGCGGCCCAACUCCUCUAUCUUUCAGACUGCUGGCCUCCCAGGCUCUAUGGGCUCCUUCCUCCGGGCUGCUCCAGGGCCCAUCCGGCCCACCACCGGCUCUAUACUCUUCGCCCCAUACUGAUUCCUGGAUCGUGACACCAGGGUCGUGUUCAGUAGGCAGAGAAUGAAAGAAAAUGGCAGAAACUGAGUGAAUCAGGGUGGUACUAUCUGAGCUCGUCCACUAAUUAAUGCUUGUUUUUGUCUCCCGUUUUCCCUACGGUGUGCCCUAAUGGACACAACCCUGUGUAUCGGUAUGAACCAGGGAGCCAUAGGUACAGUAACACAAAAGGGAAAAUUACAUGAGUAGACAAACAGGUCUCCUCUGACCACGUGGAACAGUGAGUGGAUGACGUCCUACUACAGACAGUACCUCCCCGGUGCACUGAACUGAGAGGACUACUGCACUGCGAAGCUUGAACGAACAACAGUGUAUUUAUUUGAUUGAACUUGCCUGUCUGCUUGCAUUGCCCUGAAGCAUGAAGUACAGAGGUAUAGUGGGCUCGCUAAGACCACUGAGGGCCUAAGUAUUGGGUUCUUAUGGAAUAAUAAAGAGCAUCAAACAGCUUCCUGAAUUACUUGAAUUACCAUAGUCUUCCUAUUCGAUGAAAUGAAUGGACAGCUCUAGCUACAUGCGUAUGACAGUGUGCAUAACAGCCCCCAGACAGAAGCACAGUCAUACCUGAUUCACACUAUAGGGCCAACCUGAACCGCACUGGGCUGGCUUGGAUAUUUUCUUUUCACAUUGUCCUUUCCAGUACGGUUUAAGCAACUACGGUGGAUGUGCAACCAGGUCAGAGCAGUUCAGCGUGGCUCUGCUUGGUCUAGACCAGUAGUGUGAAAAACGGUAUCAUUGCACUUUUACAGUUGUUGUUUGAUAUUAUGAGUGAUGGACUGUACGUUAAUACAGUAAUGCAGUUUUGGCAUCUGUUCUGUCCUGGAUUGUGUAAGGCAAAAAGCUGAAUCUCUAAUUAUGAUCGUCAAAUAGUCUGGCUUCAACUUACAGUAGAUAUUCAUAGUAAUUGUUUAGUAACAGUGUUCUCAGUUCCUCCACUUUAGAGAGAGUAACCAUUCUCUUGGUUUUUCAGUAAGAGCCAAAUGUUAACUUGAGAUGGAUUCAUGUCAAUGGGAGACUUCAAGUCUGUUCAAGAAAAUGUUAGUUAAAACUCAGACACACCGGUACGAUUGUCAAACGUUUGCCUGCCGACAGUACUUAGCACCUCUGAACAGAGUGUUGGCAGUCAAUUUCUUUAGUGUUCACAGAGCAAAGACCUUGAAGUCGUCAGCCACUCAGCCUUGUUAAAAUACUCCAAACCAGAAGGUGGCAGUAGCAUUGUUUGGCAAUGCAUGUCCGUGUGCGUUGCUUAUGGUCUAGAUUCCAAUGUUAGCUGCAGUGCUAAUGUUGCUAUUUUGUAGAAAGCCCUUGUUGAUACUAGCCAGAUGGCCACAGCUAGAUAACUACCUAGCAAGAUGACGAAGAAACAAUUUCAUUUACUCACCAUAAUCACAUACUGUAGGGUGUCCAAUCCAAUCAAAUCUUUUGACCAAUGGGUAAAAUAAUAUGUUAAUUCUUUAUACAAUCCUCAACAACAACAAAAAUGGUCUAAACCUCAUGUCUCUAUCAUAAUCUGUUCAAAAUUUAUUGGAGAUUUUAUCCUUGUAGGAUGGUUAAAAUUAGGCUGACUAAAUCAAUGGAGGCCAGAGAAAAAAAUUGUUUAAAAAAUCUGGAAAAUAGCAUUGCAUCAUCAAGGCUGUGUCAGAGUUUACUAGGAGUGGUGGGUUAGAGUCAGGCGCAGAGAGCAGAGGGUUCGGUAAAUCAUAAUUUAUUCUCCGGCACAAAACGGUCACGCCAAAAUACAGGGCGCAUAAAACAGACCAGCCCAAACACAGGACCAAACAGUCCGGAGAAAACAAACACGAAAACACAUCCACAACCAACAGAGUAACAAUCCCGUACAAACCUAGGCGGACCUAACAGACUUAAAUAGACAUAAAUCAAGAAACAAAACAGGGAACAGGUGCAACCAAUAAGACAAAACAAAACGAAAAGGAAAAAGGGAUCGGUGGCGGCUAGUAGACCGGCGACGACGACCGCCGAGCGCCGCCCGAACAGGCAGGGGAGCCACCUUCGUUGGGAGUCGUGACAGUACCCCCGCGGCUCCCGCAGCGCGCCGCCACCGGCCUCGAGGGCGACGAGGCGCAGGGAGAUCCGGGUGGAGGCGGUGGAAGUCCCUCAGUAAUGAAGGGUCCAAAAUGUCCCCCAUCGGUACCCAGCAUCUCUCCUCCGGACCAUACCCCUCCCAAUCCACGAGGUACUGUAGGCCCCUCACCCGGCGUCUAGAGUCCAGAAAAGCACGUACUGUGUACGCCGGGGACCCCUCGAUGUCCAGAGAGGGCGGAGGGACCUCCGGCACCUCACCUUCAUGCAGGGGACCAGCCACCACCAGCCUGAGGAGAGACACAUGAAACGAGGGGUUAAUGCGAUAGUAAGGAGGAAGCUGUAACCUAUAACACACCUCGUUUAUCCUCCUCAGGACUUUAAAUGGCCCCACACACUGCGGCCCCAGCUUCCGGUAGGGCAGGCUUCGGGUCGAGAGUCAGACCCGGUCCCCCGGUGCGAACACGGGGGUCUCACUGCGGUGCUGGUCAGCGGUCCUCUUAUGCCGUCCACUAGCUUGUUUUAAUGAUUCCUGGACGGCUCUCCAGGUGUCCUUCGAGCGCUGCACCCAUUCCUUCACCGCAGGAGCUUCGGUCUGGCUCUGAUGCCAUGGAGCCAGGACCGGCUGGUAGCUCAACACGCACUGGAACGGUCAUAUGUUAGUAGAGGAGUGGCGGAGGGAGUUCUGAGCCACCUCCGCCCAUAGGACGUACCUCGCCCAUUCACCAGGCCGGUCCCAGCAAUACGACCGCAGAAACCUACCCACAUCCUGUUUCACUCUCUCCACCUGCCAAUUACUCUCGGGGUGGAAACCCGAAGUCAGGCUGACCGAGACCCCCAGCCGUUCCAUGAACGCCCUCCAAACUCUGGACGUGAACUGGGGACCCCGAUCAGAAACGAUGUCCUCAGGCACCCCGUAGUACCGGAAGACAUGGGUAAACAGGGCCUCCACAGUCUGUAGGGCCGUAGGGAGACCGGGCAACGGGAUGAGACGACAGGACUUAGAAAACCAAUCCACAACGUCCAGGAUCGUGGUGUUUCCCUGAGAUGGGGGAAGGUUGGUGAGAAAGUCCACCGACAAGUGCGACCACGGCCGUUGUGGAACGGGGAGGGGCUGUAACUUCCCUCUAGGCAGGUGUCGAGGAGCCUUGCUCUGAGCGCACACCGAACAGGAGGAGACAUAAAACCUCACGUCCUUAACAAAAGUGGGCCACCAGUACCUCCCCCUAAGACUCCGCACUGUCCUCUCGAUCCCAGGAUGACCCGAAGAGGGUAGUGUAUGGGCCCAUCGAAUCAACCGAUCACGGACACCAAGCGGCACGUACUGAACACCUGCUGGACACUGAGGGGGUGCAAGUUCCAACCGUAACGCCCGCUCAAUCUCCGCGUCCACCUCCCAUACCACCGGUGCUACCAGACAUGAAGCUGGGAGUAUGAGAGUCGGAUCGAUGGGCCGCUCCUCGGUGUCAUAUAGGCGGGACAGCGCGUCGGCCUUCGUAUUAAGGGAGCCUGGCCGAUAGGAAAUCGUAAAACGAAAUCGGGUAAAGAACAUGGCCCACCUGGUCUGACGUGGAUUCAAUCUCCUCGCUGCCCGGAUGUACUCGAGAUUACGAUGGUCACUCCAGAUGAGGAAAGGGUGCUUGGCCCCCUCAAGCCAAUGUCUCCACACCUUCAGAGCCUUGACUACAGCUAACAACUCCCGGUCCCCCACGUCAUAGUUCCUCUCUGCCGGACCGAGCUUCCUCGAGAAGAAAGCGCAGGGGCGGAGCUUUGGGGGCGCACCCGAGCGCUGUGAUAGCACGGCUCCCACCCCAACCUCAGACGCGUCCACCUCCACUAUAAACGCCAAAGAGGGGUCCCGAUGAGCCAGCACAGUAGCGUCGGUGAACAGCUCCUUCAGACGACUGAAAGCUGUGCCCACCUCUACUGACCAGCGCAAGCGCGCCGGCCCCCCCUUCAGCAGUGAGGUAAUGGGAGAAGCCGCCUGCCAAACCCCGGAUAAUUUGCAAACCCUAAAAACCGCUGCACCUUCUUUACCGUGGUCGGAGUCGGCCAAUUACGCAUGGCUGUAACGCGGUCACACUCCAUCACCACCCCAGAGGUGGAAAUGCGAUAACCCAGGAAGGAAAUGGCUUGUUUGGAGAACACACAUUUCUCAGCCUUGACGUACAGGUCAUGCUCCAGCAGUUGCCCAAGUACCCUACGCACCAGAGACGCGGCGCGGGUGGCAGAAUAGAUCAGUAUAUCAUCGAUAUACACUACCAACCCCUGCCCGUGCAGGUCUCUGAGAAUCUCGUCUACGAAAGAUUGGAAAACGUCUGGAGCAUUCUUCAACCCAUACGGCAUGACGAGGUACUCAUAAUGGCCAGAUGUGGUACUAAACGCGGUCUUCCACUCAUCUCCCUCACGGAUACGCACUAAAUUAUACGCACUCCUAAGGUCCAGUUUUGUGAAGAAACGCGCCCCGUGAAAUGAUUCCACCGUCGUGGCAAUGAGAGGUAGUGGGGAACUAAACCCCACUGAUGGAAUUUAGACCUCUAUAAUCAAUGCACAGACGCAGACCUCCCUCCUUUUUCUUCACAAAAAGAAGCUCGAGGAGACGGGUGACGUGGAGGGCCGAAUGUACCCCUGUCCCAGAGAUUCAGUGACGCAUGUCUCCAUUGCCACUGUAUCCUCCUGGGACAACGGGUACACGUGACUCCUGGGACGUGCAGCGUUUUCCAGGAGGUUUAUCGCGCAAUCCCCUCGGCGAUGAGGUGGUAAUUGGGUCACCCUCUUUUUACAGAAGGCGAUAGCCAAAUCGGCAUAUUCAGAGGAAAUGCGCACAGUGGAAACCUGGUCUGGACUCUCCACCGUCGUCGCACCGAUGGAAACUCCUAUGCACCUGCCUGAACACUCCUCUGACCACCCUCUGAGAGCCCCCUGUCUCCAUGAAAUCUCAGGAUUGUGAUUAGCCAGCCAGGGAAUCCGCAGAACCACUGGAAACGCAGGCGAAUUAAUACGGAAGAGACUGAUCCGCUCCUUAUGAUCCCCCUGCGUUACCAUGUCCAAUGGCACCAUGGCCUCCCCGACCAACUCUGACCCUAAUGGUCGGCUAUCUAAGGAGUGCACGGGGAAAGGUUGGUCUAACGACACCAGGGGAAUCCCUAGCCUUAACGCGAGCCCACGAUCCAUUAAGUUCCCAGCUGCGCCUGAAUCGACUAGCGUCUUAUGCUGUAGAGAGGGAGAAAACUCAGAAAAAAAAUGAGUAAGAACAUAUGGCCAACAGGGAGCUCUGGGGGAGUCUGGUGCUGACUCACCUGGGGUGAAUGAGGAGUGCUCUGCCUGCCAUCCCGACUCCCAGGCGAACUCCUCCAGCCCCGAUCGGCAGUGUGUUCUCUCCGACCACACCUGGUGCAGGAGGAGCCACCUCCUCCGGUCCCCCUUGAUGCGGCCCCCCCUAACUCCAUGAGGAUAGGCGCGGGAGGGCCUGGAGGUGGAACCAACAGGGCCCGUUCUGGACGCCCGCAGGCAGCCAGCAGACUGUCCAGUCGGAUGGACAUGUCGAUAAGUUCGUCGAGGCAGAGGGGCGUGUCCCGACAAGGAGGCUACAGCGAUAGUGGUCCAUCAGGGCCCUGUCAUUCCACCCCGUCCCUGCGGCCAAGGUCCGGGAACUCCAGCGUAAAGUCCUGCGUGCUCCUCGUCUACUGUCGCAGGUGAAACAGCCGUUCACCCGCCGCUCGGCCCUCCGGUGGGUGGUCGAACACGGCCCGGAACCGGCGGGUGAACUCUGGGUUGUGAUCCCUCGCCGAGUCUGGGCCAUUCCACACUGCGUUGGCCCACUCCAGGGCUCGACCCGUCAGACAGGAGACGAGGACGCUCACGCUCUCCUCCCCCAAGGGAGUUGGACGAACGGUAGCCAGGUACAACUUCAACUGUAGCAGGAACCCCUGGCACUCCUGGCUGGGUGCUAGGAACCCAGCCAGGAACAGGGCACCAGAUCCAGACGCCGGAGGAGGGGUAGGUGGUGCUGGUGGAAGAGGAGCUGGAGGUGAGGUAGGGAGGCCACUCCUCUCCCAUCGGUCCAUCCUCUCCAUCAUCUGGUCCAAUGCCGACCCAAUCCGGUGGAGAAUGGCCGUAUGAUGAAGUACUCGCUCCUCCAUCGAUGGGAGAGGAGGUGCGGCUGCUCCUGCUGACUCCAUUCAAAAAGGUGCGGCAUUCUGUCAGAGUUUACUAGGAGUGGUGGAUUGGAGUCAGGCGCAGAGAGCAGAGGGUUCGGGAAAUCGUAAUUUAUUCUCUGGCACAAAACGGUCAAGCCAAAAUACAGGGCGCAUAAAACAGACCAGCCCAAACACAGGACCAAACAGUCCGGAGAAAACAAACACGAAAACACAUCCACAACCAACAGAGUAACAAUCCCGAAUAAACCUAGGCGGACCUAACAGGCUUAAAUAGACAUAAAUCAAGAAACGAAACAGGGAACAGGUGCAACCAAUAAGACAAAACGAAACGAAAAAGGGAUCGGUGGCGGCUAGUAGACCGGCGACGACGACCGCCGAGCGCCGCCCGAAUAGGCAGGGGAGCCACCUUCGUUGGGAGUCGUGACAGGCUGGAUGCUGUGCGAGAAUUAAGGCUACCUGACAGGCUUACCAUUAAACUCGUCAUCUUUCUUUUAAAAUCCAGAGGACAUAAUACAAUAUAGAGGUAAGAUAGCUAUACAUUUUGAAACAUGACAAGUAGUAGCAUACCACCCUGCAUACCACUGCUGGCUUGCUUCUGAAGCUAAGCAGGGUUGGUCCUAGUCAGUCCCUGGAUGGGAGACCAGAUGCUGCUGGAAGUGGUGUUGGAGGGCCAGUAGGAGGCACUCUUUCCUCUGGUCUAAAAAAUAUCCCAAUACCCCAGGGCAGUGAUUGGGGACACUGCCCUGUGUAGGGUGCCGUCUUUCGGAUGGGACGUAAAACGGGUGUCCUGACUCUCUGAGGUCAUUAAAGAUCCCAUGGCACUUAUCGUAAGAGUAGGGGUGUUAACCCCGGUGUCCUGGCUAAAUUCCCAAUCUGGCCCUCAAACCAUCAUGGUCACCUAAUAAUCCCCAGUUUACAAUUGGCUCAUUCAUCCCCCUCCUCUCCCCUGUAACUAUUCCCCAGGUCGUUGCUGCAAAUGAGAACGUGUUCUCAGUCAACUUACCUGGUAAAAUAACGGUAAAAAAAUUAAUAAAUAAAUAAAUAAAAUUCUCAUAUUUUAGUAUACACUCUUUAUUUUCAAAACCUUUUACAUUUAAUUCAGCACUUGGAAGACGACCACAAAUACACUUUAAAAUUCUCAAAUGUUUCGGCAGAGCUCAGUGCUUAUUAACGGAUGUAUUAGGUUAAGAAAGCUGACUUUUUGGAUACAAUGUUAAUGAUACAGUAUGUUUGAAAAAGACCCCACUGAAUGAUUCAGAACAUGAAGAAUCAUAGUCUUGAUAAAAUGCAUUUUAUAACAUAAUAAGUGAAAUGUCAUUACCAAAGUGCAAUUUGCCCAAAGUGGGUGGACACCCUACAUACCACCUGUGCCAGCCCAUAGCCAAAAGUUUAGCUAGCUAGCUAACGUUAGCAUAGCUAGCACACUAGCUAAGGACAUUGCACUAACUCCGCAGCUAACACAGGCAGCUGUUUCAUGGAAACUAGCUAAUUCAUUGUGAUUUAAUUAUAAUGUUGUAACGAUGUACGCUGAGAGUCAGGAAGCAAGUUCAGGCAGUGAAUACAUUUAAUAAAUAAACGAACAUGAACAAAACAAGAAACACUAACAGUGCACCGACAUGAAACAAAUACAGAAACAAUAAUGCCUGGGGAAGGAACCAAAGGGAGUGACAUAAAUAGGGCAGGUAUUCAAGGAGGGGAUGGAGUCCAGGUGAGUGUCAAUAAGCGCUGGUGCGCGUGACUAUGGUGACAGGUGUGCGUAAUACUCAGCAGUCUGGUGACCUAGAGGCCAGAGAGGGAGUAUACGUGACAAAAGUCAAUACUAGAUAAAGUGGUUAGCUAGCUUGGAGGAAUUUAUUUGUGUUGUAUGCAUUGUGUCUGUACACUUAGCUGACGUUAGCUACCAUUCCAUAGCCUACAUUGUACAUGAAGUGUGACUGGCUCAUCUGUGGAUAUACGGAGAAACUUGUCACUCCUGUUGAUUUUCCCACAUGGGGGUUCGUGCUCUCUGAUUGGCUCAAAGUAAAUUUGUUGGCACUGAUGAGCAUCACGAUUCUACAUGUAGAAAUGGUAAGUUCGUCACUACUGGAUCGGCACGCAGCAGGUACCUCUUUUGUUCUAGCAAGACAAGGAACGGCCUCCCACUGUCAUAAGUACCCAUUGGCAGUCUAUCGGCAGUGAGAUUCUCAGUGUUUUUUAAGUGUGCAGAUCUUAAGUCAGGACUUGACCCUUAAAGUAAAUUGUGCCUGUUGUAAAUUAUGUAAUCAGUCAUUCAUUUCUUAGAGAAAUAGUAGAAUCUAUUAGUUUUCAUCACUUGUAAUGAGUGAAUUCAGGAAGUACAGAUGUUAGACCAGUUUCUCAAAACAGGAAAAUAAUCCGGCAGCAACCGGACAUGUAAUUUAUUGUGUGGAUUAUAAUUAAUGGACAUUUUAGCAGGAAUUGAUAAAAAAAUGUGUUAGGGUAAAUAAAGUCUGACAUUUUUAAGUGGAAAUAACUAACCCUUGAAGGCUUUAGUUUAAAAUAUUUCCUGCAACAGGGUGAUCAAAUUAAGAUCCUACAUCUGUAAACUUCAGUUUAUUUCAGUUUUCAUGAAUUGACUGAAUUGAAAUGGAAUUGACCCGAACCCUGUUUGUAUUACCCUUUCCAAGUUGCAAUGCUAGUUGUACAGUAUGUUACGGAGGGGGACAGACAAACGAGGUAUUUGUAUUUUUUAACAUGACAGAAUAUACAAGAUACAUUGAAAUUGAAAUGUACCUCUUCAAAUAAAUGUAUAUAUAUAUAUAUAUAUAUAUAUAUAUUUGGAUGAUUUGCUCCCAUAUUACAAUUGUAUUUUCCAUAACUGAAAAAGAAUUGUAAUUAUUGAAUUAAUUAAUUGAAUAAAGAAUUGUAAUUAUUGAAUUAAUUAAUUGAUGUUCAUUGAAAGAGAUAAGAUCAUCAUAUACUCUGUGACAUGUACAAUAUUUAUUUUCACAUAAUGUUUGAUGCAAUUGAUGCAUACAUUCAGUUGUAUUUGAGAUAUGGCAUUGUUUUAUUAUUUGUUUGUUUGUUAAACAUUUUACUUGUUUUUAUUAAAUACCUAAACGUA